CACUGGUCUAAAUGGGAUCCACUUGUACAAAAGCUCAGAGAACUGACCAAAACAGCAAGUACAGCCUCCAAAAUCGAGCAGAUGAUUCCUCAGGUAAGGCCAUGUUUUCAAUGUGAUUUCUUGUUCAUUUUACAAAGCUGUCACUCCACUGGCAGGCGCCGAAGCCAGUUUAUUUAUAAAUACAUGAAAAAUGUAUUGUCUUUCAAACGAAUGCACGCAUUACAACUUCCCACCCAAUUUUUAAACCCGGUUAUCAUUAUUGUUAUUAUUUUUUUCAAAGAUUGCUGUUGUUCUCUCGAAAGGAGCACUAAAAGAUUUACGAUUCUAACUCGCGUUCAAUGGACUGGCGAUUUGAAAUUUGUCGCAAGCUCCUAAAAGUCAGCCGCUCUUUAGAUGCGCUUAACAUUUGCAUUCAAAAUAUUUUAUGCAACGAAAAUUUCUUUUAUUCAUUAGUGUUGUAUUUUUCAUGUCUUGCUAAAGAAGUUUGAUGUUCAUCUUAUCACUCGCAAAACCGGGACGCGAUCGAAAUAGCUUAAACAUAAGAGGCGUCCGUACGCAUAGAUCACGGGCGACACACACAUGUAUAUUUCUUCAAUCUUCAAUUAUUCACCUGCACUUGUCAAUCUACUUAUUUCUUCGGUUAAGCUUUUUGCAUUAUCUACCAACAAAACGCUGAACAAAAAGGUUUCGAAAGAGCUUAGGAAAAAAAAGAAAAGAAAACGCGCAUUCGCCACUUAACUACGCUUCCGUGAGGACAUUUGUACAUUUUUUUCUUAUUAAGAAUUUUUAACCCCAAAAAAAGUGCGCGACAUCUUUUUCAAAUUUUACAUCUUUUGAAGAAGGAAACUGAUGCAUAAAGAAGACCAUGCUAAUUAGAUCUUUGCCGGGCAAACAAUCCGCUAAUUACAAGAACUUUAGUGAUCAGCGAUUCGGCCGGUGCAUGCGAUUCGCUACGCGCGAAGGCAAGUUCUCCGCAAGCAUGUUCCGCAAUCGCGCUUUUGUAGACAAAAGGGCGCCAUUGCCAGAAAUCUUGAACCCACAUCUUAGGAAAAUCAUCCCGAUCACAUUAAUGUAGCGUUUUGACUUUACAAAUCGGCCACCGCGCGCAAUUUGUUGUCGUUGCAAGGAUUUCUUCUGAACCUUGACGGUUUACAAGUGAUUCCGGCGCACGUCGAAACGCAAUGAAAUCCUCGAUUUCUCGAAGCCGCAAAGUUCGUAUCUUGGUGAAACCAGCUGGACAGAAGAAACGCGUCAAAUUCGGUAAGUUUAUAAACAGAUAAAUGACCCGCUAGAAGAUCGAGUUUAGUUCUGACAAAUAAUAUUGCAAGUAAGUGGAAGAGUCGGUUAACCACUGUUUGUUGUUAUUUCCUGAAACAAAUUUUCUACAAUCAGGCCGUGCAUAAUUCGUAUUUUGGAAAAUUUUCUCUGACGUACAUUCACCAAAAACAUUAAAUAGAAAUUGUUGAUUUUAAUGACACACAGGUGAAAGGGAAGUCGAACUGACGUUGUUUUAAACGAUUCUGUUUUUGCAAAGAUUCAUUUGGAUUUUAUAGUUAAUGUUUUGGCCUCCCGCCUAGCAAAGUAGUGAAAUUGUCGACUUUCUUCGGUGUUUUAAAGAUUUUUAGAUUAGCAUUCAGCAAAUUGUUACAUACGUUAUAUACUUUUAGUAUUUGCGCAGGUAAAUGUAAAUACCAGAGAACGAUGCAACCAUGAAGAAAGCGUGAGCCGUUCUUUUCCAUUUUUGGAAUAUUACAAUUUCUUUCCUGACGAAUUGCAAUACUCCGCCUGGUUCUGCCUUAAGAUAUCAUUUGAUCAGCUCAGGGGCUAAAAUUAACCCACAUCUUUUUGAUAUGAAACGUUUCAAACCAAGGUGAACAAUGUCUUUCAAUAGGUUUUUUUUUUUAAUCAUAUGGAAGUGAAAAUCUUGCCUCACGUUGUCAUUAUUUCAUGAAGAUCUGAUAUCACAGACUUCGCUCCAUCUUCAAGGCGUUUUUUAUAACGGACCGAAGUUUCACUACGCGAUAGUAGUUUUGCUUUUUGUCGGCUGUAUAAGUCAAUUUGUUUUAAUCUGAAUUUGCAUAAAGUGGCCUUAAUUACUUUAGACUCUGAACAUUUGGUGAACUUAAUAAAUUAUUUUUUUUUGUAGGCUCGCUUGACUGAUACCCACUUCAUACAACAGUUUUUUUCAUUUGCCAGUACGCGAAAUUUCUAGCGGUCGUUGAAAUUUCAAACAAAUAUGUUUUAAAUCUUAUAGAAUUAUCAACAUCCCAGUGAAGCCGCAAAAUCUGUCUUAAAGUUGAAUAUUUUAAACUGGCCAAGGAAUAUAUUUUAUAGAUAAGUUUGGGACUAGAAAACAUCGAUUGACUGAUGCUCUUCAAAUUCUCAUCACAUAAAUGGUUAAAAUCUUUUUGAUCUAGUGGGGAGAGAUAACAUCGAUCACAACACUCGAUGCAUGAAGAACUCUGAAAUGGCGUCUUCGCAAAAGAGCUUUUAAUUGCAUCUGAAUAUGAUUAUUAAUUACAGAAAUCUGGCUCGUUGAGAAAACAAAAAUAAUGUCGAAAAGUAAAAUAUUAGAACAUAUCUUUACGAUAUGAAACAAUAUCUAAGCUUUGAGAUACCGUAUCCAUUUUUUCCACUCUUGCGAAAUAUACUACAUGCUAUUUGAGAAUUUACGAUCAACGUGUUUGGUUUUUAUCUAUUAUCUUUUCAAUGCAUAUUCUUCAUUUUAUCGUUAUCAAACACAGAGUUCUGCAUCUCUAGUGUGGGGAAAUGUAGGCGAGACCAGACCAAGUUGUAAUGACAAACAUGUGUCAAAAAAGAAGCGUUAUGUAAUUCCUGUAGUCCGGUUUCAAACCACUAAAUACCGGCUGCAAGCGAUUAGAGGCUUAUUUUAAUGCAGAAGCCUUUUUGUACAGCGUAGAUACCGGGCAAGCAAGCGAAAUAUAUGUCUCCAGGCUAGGGCUCUUCAAUAGCGCCAGUUGCAUUCAAUGUAUCUAUGGCAACCUGGCGCGCUUGAAAGUGCGUGUGUUAAGUAUCCAUCUUUUCCUCUCUGUUAGAUCACUUAAUAUUUUCCAUAACUCCACUCAUUUUAAGGAGUUUCUACUUUCAAGGAGAAUGGGAAAUAUAUUUUCCGAGGCGCAUAUUUUCAGUUAAGGUCAAGUUCAGCGACCUUCCUUGAUUGUUUCCCGUAUUUCUUCGUCAUUAAUGUAUGUUGCUUACAAUUUGUGGCGCCAGGAAAGUGCACUUAAAAUGGAGAUUUGCCAAGGAUACGCAAACCAGAUCUUAAGAGCUCUUUAAGUUACGACCAUUAACAAAGGUGCCAAAAAAUGAGUUAAAAUGAGAUAAAAUAAGAUAAAACAUAACACAAAAGAAAACGGAGCUUUACAUGAUGCGUGUAAUCCUUAUCAAGUCCCACUGCUAAUUCUGAGAGGGUUCUGGAAAUGCUUUGUAAAUAAUUGUUUCUUCGGCUUUAAAUAUAUUGCAUUUGAAUUUUUUUAUGGUGUGCAGACCACUUUUACUCUGUUUUAUGAGUACGUUGUGCCUUUUAAUUUCUUAUUAAAACACUGAUUAGCUUUUAUUUUUUCCUGGCUUCUCGUGUUUAGCAGAUACAGUACAGCCGCAUAUUCACGUGACGUCAGUACCAGUGGACUGCGCAUGCGAAUCCAACUGCAAUGACAACGAAGUGUGUAAUAACUGUGAUGGUUACUCGACGCACGAUCCUACCAGCUAUUCUUCAGAAAAAGCUUCAGUUCUCGCCGUGUCAAGGUAAUAGGCGCAAAGUUUAACUCGUUGAUCCCUAAGAGGGACUAGCAUCUAAUUUCUCCUUACAAUAUACAUUACACAUUUAGGUCAUGAGAAUAAAGGAAAUGAUCACCAACUAAAGAUGCUCUAGAUUGUUAAACAAAUUCUCCUCGUCAGCACCUAAGGAAAUGUAUAGCGAAGAGAAUAAGCUAAUUGAUGUUGGAGUGUAAAGUGUGAACACACGAGGUCAAAAUAUUAAAAAAUAUAUUUUAUGGAAAUUUCGCAAUCAAGCCAAUUAUCUCGUGAAUGUAAAAAGAAUCUGGGAGGGCACCGCUCUGGCUCCAACUCACUCCGUGAUUGGUCUAAAAAAAUUCGCACUGGCCUAUCAACCAAUCAGACGUGACUCGGUGGUUCAAAUUUUCCCGCCUUGAAGGAAGUUGGAUGUUUUUACUCUAAAUUCUCGUGGGCUGCUCGCGAUAUGAACUGUUGUGCUGCUUGGCUCUUGUUAUUUCUUCGGUAUUGGUUUUUACGAAAUUAAAAAGAUAACUUGAUUUGUUUCAUGUUGAUUAGGGAAGCAUGAGCCUGUCCCUGUCCUCUUCACAAAAAACAUAUUUGUUAAGUUAGAUUUUCGAAUAGCCGCGACGAACUGCCUCAAAUGUUUUAAUAUAUAUAUAUUUUUGCAAAUUCAGCGUAGAAUCCUCUAAGGAUUCCCAUUUUUACGGCUGAAACAAAUGUUUUUUAUUGAAGAAGUGGUAUUUUUCUGCGUUCAUUAGUGGUAUAAGAGAAGAUAAAGUGUGUUUGUUUUUGUUCAAGGUAGCUCAAAAUGGCUAUUGUAUAUCUUUGAUAGAUUGAUACUAAAAGACUUUUUUGUGUGUGGUCCUCAGAAAUUGUUAUCGCUAUGGUCACUUAAGAUGUUGAAAAUAAUAGUUUUAACAUGGCCAGAAAUGAUUUGGCUUUUUUUUUUCUAUUUUUUUUUUUUUCGAUAAAAUAUUUAAGGAGGCCGACGCAUAGUGUUGAGGUUACACCUGUUAAAUAAUUGAUGUCUAUAGAUGACGAGAGCAAUUUGAGCCACUCUUCAACUCAAAUAUCUCCACACCAUAUUGCCUCCUUGAGAUAGGAAAUCACAUUGCUGCUUAUAAUAAACUAAAAGGGAACAAGGGUAGCUACAGAUGGAGAAGAUUGAAACAGAUUUCAAACAACGAACACAACAAAGCAAGCUACACCGUGGCGUAGGUCAGACCCUCUUUCGCGCCAAAGCACACAACGCACGUCACGUAUUGAUUCAAUGUAUCGCUGUUGUGUCAACAAACCUUUGUCAACAGCUUCUUUUCUUGAGAAGCGAAAGCCAAUCUGGCAUAAAUAAAGAAAGAAUGAACAUAGACACCAAAGGUUACGUCAAACGAAUAAUCGUCAUAAAAAAAGUUUACUUUCAAAGUAAAUACAUCUUCGUAACAACAUUCAGAAACUAUCUUCGAGGCGCUCAAUUGCGUACAUUUCAACCGAAGGAAAAGCCUCUUCAGGUAAAGAAAUAUACAGUAAUCUUAACGAUGAAAUGUCGGAAGAUCAUUUAUGACCUAGUCGUACACAAUGUCUCGAUUACAGCUCGGUACGGUAAUAUUUUGAAUUGGCAAUUCAUCUUGGUCAGCCUUGUAGCGUAACUUUUAUUUCAGCGUUCAAUGUAGAUAAACUUGACAGUAUCGCGUCGAUUUGGAUGACUAAGAAUGCUAAUUUUUCAGGUCUUUUUCUAAGUGCCUGUCAACUAAACAGGUUAGGUUUCCGAGAUCGCAGCCAACCGCUUUCAUUCCUUUGUAAAAAAUUUGAAGUGUCCAUUUGAGUCGCUCGGUUGGUUCUGCUAUCGGGACCGAUAUUUCGUUUACCAAGCUGGACAAUCUCGCUUGCUAGAACCUUACUGUUGUUAUUGGAUGAAACUUGAAAGGUCACAGCUUGUUUACCUCGGAAACCGAGCAUCACUACUUAUUGGCACAGAAACCAGGCUUAACUGAUACCUUGGGGAGGCGAGAUGAAAUUUAUCCUUUGAACAGAAGACAAGACUCGUCCUAUGAGCCGGGUUAGACAGCGGGGUACCGGACUUGUUUCAAGAGGCCCUUGGUAGGCUGAUUGUGGUAACUAGAUCCCUUAUGUUGUGUUUUGACAAAAGAAGGUGCUCCGUAAGUGGUUGCCUUGCUGCAUAGGUUGUGUUAUACUCAAUCUUGUGAAGCGAAUACGCUAAGUGAAAUUUAAUGAGGUUGUCCGUGUUCUGCUGAACGCGGUGUUCGAUCUUGUUUUCUUGAAGAUGGUGUAUGUUAAAACUCAGUAGUGACUCUCUAUACAUGUCAUUCGCGCUUCUGGGAAUUUCUACUUUUUAGAUUGAAUUCCUUAUUUCCUCUUCUGUCUUUCUAAUGGGCCCUCUAGGCAACAAUAGCUAUGAAUAUUAUGACUUAAAACUAUCCAUUUCUUAAAAGCUUAGAGCUAAUUUAAAUCCGUUGCAAGAAAAUCCACGGUGUGUGUUCUUUCUUAUCCUUAACCUGCUGCAUUCCGAGGGAACAAUUAUCGUGCGUAAAAAAAAUGACUGCUACGGUUCGGCACCCUCAAAAACUGCUAGCUCGUAUCGUUUUCUCUGUCGUUCAUUUCAUGUCGUUCAGUCCUCAAUUUCUUCUGUUGAGAUUGGAAAUGCUUCGUUUGCAGGAUUCGGGACUCGUGCAGUAGCAUCUGAAAUCCAUGAGUAACUCGUCUCUUCAAACGCUAACGAAAUUCCUUAUGGUCCUGUUUCUUAUUAAGAAGCGUUUACAUUAAGUGAAUACACCUUUAGUCAGUGAUAUGUCACAUUUUUAGGCAGUUAAUAGUAAUCUAGGUCAAAGUAACUUCAAAAGGAUGUAUCGGAAUUCUGCAGUACUUUCUCGAGAAAACCCAACGUUUUUUUCGAUAACAAAAACGCCGCAUUUGCCUUUUCCUAACCACGACAUGUCAUCAUAGAUUUGAAGAAUGCAACGCGUUUAUUUUUCACGCGCAAUCACAUAAACGAGAAUAUGAAAAUAAAAUAGAUAUUCAAACCAGAUAGUUUGUGUUGAUUGAAAUAUAUUUACAUUUAUAUUGAGCCAAUCAAUCAAACACGUUUUAACUACUAAAUAACCUGAAUUACAGCAAACCUCAGUUUUACCUUCAAAGGAGGAUUCAAAAAAAGUCAAAGCAACAGAAGCCAAGAUUUAUCGGCCAGAAAAUAGUUGUGUUUUAGCAAUUUUCGUAAAUUCUCAUGUGUAAGUGAUGUGCGUUAUGUCCGAUAUCACUAUGAGGAUCGAGUAAUGGUCGAAUGCCGAAGUUGCUAAAAAUAGUUGAAUCGUAAGAUCUUUAGUUUCUCUUUAUGUGUGAUGACAUUUGAACCAAGUAAUGACAUUUUUUGGCGCAUAAUAUUCUUUCUUCGCUGUGGGCCAAGUUUGCAGGCUUGAAUUUGCUUUUGACGUAUCCAAAAUGGCAUUGGCCAGUUAAGUAUGUGCUUUAAACUUUGAAACUAAUUUUUUUUUAUUCCGUAAAUUAUUACUACUUGUAGAGGAGUCGUUGUUGAUAGUCAACUUAACCACCUGCCUUUCUUGCUAAAAUAUGGUGGUUUUCAAGACUCUGGGCCGGUUAUUUACACUAGGUCUAGCCCAAACUGCGACUUUACGCAUGCAUUGGGCCUCAGGGAUACUUUUUAAGAGGGUUGACUUAAUUAAAUAAAUGUCUUUGCAUUGUUAGCCUUCGACCCCCGUGACACAGCUCCUAGAAAUAAAUGUUCAGAUAAUCGGUUCGGCUGAAUUGAAGAUGGCUGAGAACGCGGUUUUGUAAACAAAAGCUAAACUUUGUUUAAAUAACCGGCCCUUUGAGUUAAAAAAAGAUACAUUUGUGCUUCUGUCGUGCGUCUGUUCAGUAAUAGAUCACAAACGAAGUGAAAAUGUGGUAAGGAAAAAAAAAAAAAAAAAAAAAAAGCAUACGAGACACAGCCAAGUGUGUCUCUGAUGUUCGUGCCACAUAUUGACAUCCUCUGUGAUAUAUCACUGAACAGAGUCGCGGCAACGUGGAAUCUAUUAGUAGAUAGAAAUAAGAGACAUGGUAAGUUUUGAGCUCGGUAAAGAAAUAGAGAAAGAUGUUUUUUCGUCUUGUCACGAGCGUGGAACAAAGAAAAAAUGCUUAGUCCCCAUGUGGAAUCCGAAGAUCUGAGGUUCUAUUCCUCAUAGGAAAUCAGAAUUUUUUCUUUGUCUCACGCUCGUGACAAGACGAAAAAACAUCUUUCUCUAUGGAAUCUAUUUGUUUCAUAUGAUUAAAAAACAGAAUGUUAUUGUGUGCGUUUGUCCUCCGAUAGUUCAUAGGAAACAACCAAUCAAAAUACAUGAAUAAUUUAAGUCAUGAUAUAGAAAAUAAGUAUAAAAUCUGACCAAAAUGUCAUUUCUUUCUUUUGCGGAUCAUUUAGAUUGCGUGAAAUUAUGGAUCAGUUGGAUACCGGAAAGGGUUUAUCAGCUGCAGAUAUGAAACAGGAAUUAGGAAUCGCUGUCGCCAUGUUGGACAAAGCAUCGGUAGCAGCGACGCCAUUAAGAGAUUACAGGUAUGAAUCAAAAUGUUUUGUCCUUCGUUGUGACAACAAGAACAAGACAAUAUUUAUGCUUGCUUACGAAAUAAGAUUUUCAAGAGGGUCAGGAGAGAGAUAAGCCGCCUUUCUCCCCGCCUUCUCGACCCCAGACUUCCAGGAGUAUUUUCGAAACCAUCGUCACUCUCCAUUACGUUAUUGAUGAAGAGAAGCGCACAAGAGGGGAGAGGGUUUGUCGUGCUUAAGGGAGUUUUUGCUGGCUUUUGUAGGUUUUGAACAACACAACUUUAAACCUUGCGCGAAAAGAGUCCUUUCUAUUGUUAUGGAGAAUAUGUGUCAAUUGCCAUUAUUUUAGAACUGAGGAGUGUGGCUCUUUACUUUCAGCGAUAGAAGAGUUUAGAAAUGUUAUGCAUUGGCAAGCACAUCAUUAUUGGGAUGACGGAGUCACGGGGGAACUACCGCUUAGCUCUCUCCUCCUGAAUUAACUCUUGUGUAACUACUUUUCAGGGGGUCCACGAGUGCUUUGAGCGAGCUUGACGAAGAACUAGAGAGUAGCCUCUAUUCUGAUGACGUCAAUGAGGAGGUGCGGGAGUGGAUCGCUACGACGUUUGCGCGAAGCACUCCUGGCCUACGCAGAAAGAGCUUGGCCAGAAGGCAUACGUUUCGUAGCGUAGUACAGGCAGUAAAAGCAAGUCUUUACGUGAAAAGGUACGUUUUGCUUCUAAAGCCACUGGUUAAAUUUUGCGGACGGUCAAACGUGUUUUUGUUCGGGUACGACUCGUUCUCAGUUUGACGAUCAUGCAAAUCUGCUGCAUUCGUGUGCAGUACUCUUCUGACUGCCUGAUGGUUUGAUGCGUCGAAACUAUUCUGCAAUGCAGAUGUCUUAUGAGCGCGUUUAUUUGACUGGCAUGUUUGAUCUAGUAUUAAAGUGGUUGGAAGGGGGAAGGGGAACUAAUUUCUGUUGGCCCAUCCCCUACAAAUUUCCUUCUUUCUUCAACCUCCCGCUGCUGUCAAAAUGAAAGAUGGCAUCGAUAAUCAAGUUAUCACGAGAAAACACUGAGCUAUCACUCGCAAAGAUUACCUCGAAACGAGUCGGUUUGGCCAUAAAAAUUAGAAGCUGACUUCAAAUCUUUUUGGUAGAAAGCCUCACAUCCACAAUAUGGAGCGCAGGAUACAAACACAAGGUUUUUUUUUCUUCUUCUUUUCUCGGUAAAAUUGACUACGAAGUUUUAUGAAAACUGACUGACUGUUCCAGUUGAUCUCUUAAACCUCUCUGAGCGUUUCGAAAUACAGCCGCGACGUUUCUAUUCAAUGCAAAGUUUUUUUUUCUUUUUUUUUUGGCGGGAUAAAUUGAGACAUCACAGCGAGUAGGAAACCUGAGGCUAAAACUAAUGGAAAACUUUUGUCGUGUCUCAUUCCUGAUAGAAUUUAUCAAAAUAUGGCAGUGAAAUCGAAAUUUCAAGUUCCAGAGGAGGUUCAACAAUAUUUUAAGGUUAGUAUGCAAAAUUAUAAGAUGAAAAUUAAGGUUCAAAUGUAAAGUUAGUGUUGUUCUCAUCAAUAUAAACUCUACCAUCUUCUAUUCCCCUUCCGUUUCUCGCAACCUCAGGUUAGGCCCAUAGGGUAAUAGAAGUAUGCAGUGGGAUAUCAGUCUGUUUCGAUGUGGUCUUUUCUCGGGCGGACCUGAAUUAAACAGGAUUUACACGUUUUUGAAAGCCUUCAUUAUAAUCACUUUUUUUUCUGAUCAAAGGUUCGAUUACUUAGCACAUAUCUCAAUCGAAACGCGCCCCAUUCUCAUUUUAUAUCCCUAUAUAUUUUCUUUCUCUUUCUUUCUCCUUUUCAGAAUUUAGACAAGUGGACGUUUGAUCCGUUCUCAUUUAGCGACCUUACCUCUGGAAAUCCUCUCCGUUACCUGGGCCACGAAUUAUUCACUCGCUAUGAUCUCCUAGCAAAAUUUAAGGUGAGGUAACUUCUCCUGUAAAACUUUUUUAAAUUUAAAAUUUAAAACCUAUCAUGUUCUUCUUGAUCAUGUUCUUUUUCUGCUUGGUGUGAUAUCUUAACGAUUUUACCGACCCGAUACAUGUAAAUGUAAAAUCUCCCUGUUCGCGCCUUUUUUUUUUUUCGUUUUCUUAAUAAGCUCCCAAAAUGGCAGCAACUCCGCCCAGCCCCGCCCCGCCCAUCCUACAGUUUUCUAUGUGUUCUGAAUAGGCAAAAAGUUCACAGCGACGUCGAACUAAUGACUAAAUUAUCCGGAAAAACCCAGCAGGUUGUUUGGUGCCAGCUUCUUUUGAAUAGUGAGCCCCACAUUGUUGUACUGCAGCAUCACUGACAGUAUUAUAUGUAAAUGCAAAGGAUUUUCUAGGAAAAGUUGACAUAUUUACUUUUGUGAGAGAAGAAAGUUCGGUUGUCUACUGGUUAGCGCACCGAAAUCCUUAUCAAAAGGAUGUCGUCUAACAAAAUACAGGUGGGGAAAGGGUUGGGGGAAGCUAUAUGGGAUGAAGCAAUAUCCCUGUCAGAAGGAGUAGCAACGCUUUUCACUGCUUCUUGCUGUUCUUGGAAGUAACGGGCUAUUUCUUUCGUAACAGUCGACAGUAGGUUAUUGUAAACAGUUUUCAGCCUCUGGCAUUCGACCUAUCCCCUUUUCACAAAGCCUCUUCUUUCUUAAAGAUAACAUCUUCAACACUGGAUCGUUUUCUGGUAGCCAUUGAAGAUGCAUAUAAGAGACCUGGGAAUCGUUAUCACAACGAGUUUCACGCAGCCGACGUAGCGCAUUCGGUGCAUUAUUUCCUGUCACGUGUGGGACUCAUGGUAAGUCACGUCACACUUCCUGUGUACUUUACUUGUCACGCUUCAGACCCGAGACGAUACGAAUAAUCUCCUGUCUCGCAAUAGACUGAUGAUAAUUCAAGUAACGCCGUGCUCCUUCUCGUUAAAGGACGUGCAAAGCAACUGAUUGAACUAUCUUUUUUUUUUCUUUUAUGCCCUUUUAUUUCACUGAGCUAAUAAAGGAAUUGUGGGAUAUGAAGCAGCCUGAUGGUUGGUGCGCUGGCAGUCUGGGUCGAGAGUGUGGUCCCGGUUUAGACCUAGCCGGGUCAAGAUGUUGUGGUUUUGGGCAAAACACGUUACUUUCAAAGUGUCUUUCUCCCCCGGGAGUUUAAAUUGGUACCGAUGAAUUGUCAGGGAAGUCUGAGAAAAUGUUGGGGGAGUAACCUUGUGAUAAACUGGCAUCCCAUCCGGGGGAAGUAGUAAUACUCCUAGUCGAUUCAUGCGUUAGAAAUCUGGAUAAGCUCUAGCUGGAUGGGCCUUUUGUCAGACUUUACUUACUUUAUUGAUAAAGGAAUUCAGAACUUUUAAAAUUUCAUUGAUUAUUUUUCGCAGCACUGUAUGAGUGACUUAGAAAUAUUUGGAUUAUUACUCUCUGCCAUUAUACACGACGUGGAUCAUACCGGAACUACGAACAACUUUCACGUUAACGCCAGGUAUCUCGUGUGGAUCCGCUAUUGCAUUCAUACUCGGUUCUUUUUCAGUUAGGCAUUUAGCCUGUGAAUAGGCAAUAGUACUUCGGCCGCGGGAAAAUACGAGGCCUUGAGGGACGCGUUCGAUAGGUCUGCAAGGGAUCUAUCGGGCCCUUAUUUUUUGCGCUAGACCCCUAGCAUACCUCUCCCCGACUCCUCUCCGUCCAAUUUUCCCGCGGGCGGAGAAACGCGCGUCUUGCAACGCUAAUAUUUGAGACGUGCUUGAAGGCUAUAAGCCAUUGUGUUUUGGUUUACAUUUGGUAAAUAACGUGAUUUUCCUGAUCUUUAUCUUUCUCACUUAAUUGCUUUUAAGAUCCGACCUCGCACUGCUGUACAAUGAUCGCUGUGUGUUGGAAAAUCACCAUUUAUGCUGUGCAUUUACGCUUUUGAAAUCGGUGAGUUUAUCAAUCACUUCUAUUCCUUUCGAUCAAGGAACCAAUCAUUGCUUAGUGCCCCGGAAGAGGGUGGGGGUGGGAAAUCUUUAAAAUCGGUGAGUUUAUUAUCAUGAUCAAUGGACAUGGUGUCUCAGGGGGGACGAGGGGGUGAGGUGGCGGGGGGAAAAUCCGUCGUCGACAAUAAUGAUCGGUCCUUGAAUACGCCGCCUAUCUACUUUUGCGUCUUGUUCGUGCUCUUUUCUGGCCGGUGUGCCUAUGAACGACAACUCUUCUGGAUACGACUGAAAAUACGCACACACACACACAAAAAAACCUCCCCCCCUCAAAAAAAAGGGAAAAAAAUGAUUGUUGCCUUUAGGCUUUACCUGUAUUCAAACGACAUCGGUCAUUAAGAAUGCGCGAUGAGUGACACCUUCGUCAAUUGUGGAUGUACCCUUUCAACGAAAAACUAUUCAUAGCAUACAUGUUUAACACUUUGUCUCCUGAGAUUGAUUAGCAUCUGAUUUCUCCUAACAACAUUACCCUUAUAUCACACGUUGUGGUCACGAGAAUAAAGCAAAUGAUCACCAACUACAGAAGCUCUUGAUUGUUAAAUAAAUUCUCCUUGUCAGCACCUCAAGAAAUGUAUAGAGAACAGUAUGGAGAAUGUGCAUACUGAUGUUAGGGUGGAAAGGGUUAAUGAAUGGUUUGUUUUCAUCCUUUCUUAGCGAGAACUAGACAUCCUUGCGGGUUUGACAUCAGAACAGUACAGGUUCGUACCUCGACUACUGCUUUGUUGAUCUUUUUCGAUCCGUAGUAUUAUUGACCAAUGGUGAUUACGCAGUGUAACUGUUCGUUGCUCAAAACCACUUGGGUAUCACAAUCAAUACCAAACCGUGAACCCACCAUCUCACAUUAGAGCAAUUUUCUACGAAGUGUCGAAAGUAUUUUGGAUUACAUUGACCUUGCUUUACUUUGCUCUGUGACUGGUGCAGAAACUCGGCUCGUGUCACUCACUUAACCAAUCAAAUGAAAAACUAACAGCAAUCACGACUCGGUCGCCUCGUUUUCCCGCGCUUUACGUGGUUUGCUUGUUCCUAGUUUGGAUUCUCAUUGGCUCACUGUAUUUUCUUUUCUUCUGAUUGCGACACUCAUUCGGAAAGCGCUCAAUAAUACUUCGCUGGAAGGAUACAAGGUUGAUAUGUCUCAAACUCCAUACUUAACUUGACGAAUACCAUACCUAUCCACUUCUGACUUCCAAAUUAACGUUAUGAAUGACUUUUUCAGUGACUUACGUACCCUAGUCGUGGAUAUGGUAUUAGCGACCGACAUGUCAUCGCAUUUCGAACAACUCAGAGCCAUGAAAGCCACUCUCACAGUCCUAGGAAGGUAAGCCAUCUCGUCGUCUUGUAAAUUUUGGGGUAAUUCUAGAAUCCUUCAGUCUGUGAAAGGAAUUGGUCCACGUGAGGAUUGAUCUAACGCCUUCUUUCACGCGUAAACAUGGUUGCCAUAAAUUUAUAUUUUGCCACUUAAAUGUGUCAAAUCAGAAUCUAGACCUUAACAAUUUAUUUCCUUUUUCAUUCUCCAGUCAAGUAGAAAAGAGUCAGGCACUAGAGUUUAUUCUUCAUGUGGCUGACAUUAGCAAUCCGGCAAAGGACUGGGAACUACACCGACAAUGGACUUCUCGUAUCAUGGAAGAAUUCUUCUGUCAAGUGAGUGAAAUGCUUUUAAACUCCAACCUGUUAUAAAUCCUAACAUGUUGUGUUUUUUGCUUGUAUUUCCCAAGCAAAACACGCAGAAUAACUCCCAUUUAUUCAUCCAUUGCACACAAACGGUAUAAUUCUCGCUAUUAAUGAUGGGUUCUUUUUCCACACCAUAGGGAGAUCGCGAAAUUGAGAUGGGAUUGCCAAUUUCUCCUCUGUGCGAUCGCUCCGUCACUUGUAUUCCUGAGAGUCAACUGGGUACGCAACACAUGCAAAAUAUCAAUCAUUUGUCCCUUGCCAUUAAACACGAGGAGACAACUUGAUCUUCACACUGUGAGAUAAACUGUAGCUUAAGUAGAUUCGAAAAAUAAGUGUUAAAAGUAGUAAGGCUUGGACUGUGGUUAAACACGAUUUGGUCAUAUAUCUUUUGCGAGAAGCUCUAAACCCGCUAACUUACAUGAGCGAUUAAGACAAAUUUCUCCUUACAAUAUAUAGUACACAGGUGAUGGAAAUAAAGGAAAAUAUCACCUAGGGGUUUAUUAGUUGAUCCAAUACCAAAUUCUCCGAACUAGCAUCAUAGGAAUUGUAUGGCAGACAGUAGGAAGAGCUACCAAUGAGAUCUUGGUUGCAAAGGAGUCAAAACAACUUAGAAAUUAGAGAAAGGACCUUGAUGAAACUUGGUUAACUGGAAAUGACAGAUCUCUUUGCAUUUUAAACUUUACAAGAUUAAGUUAGUUCCACCUCAUUCUGUUUCUUCAGGUUUUAUUGAGUUUGUUGUCAUGCCAGCAUUUGACGUGUGUAGCGAGAUGCUGGACUUGUUACUGGAAACGAAGACAUCACAGGCCGCGGCAGAUCUUGGCAUAGAAGGAUUUGGAGGCAAGGAGAGGGCCUGGGUGGCACCUCUUGCUGAUAACAGGCGGAGAUGGAAGGAACAGUGCCAGUCCUCUGCAAGAGGUAAGCUAGAAGGGCGUGCACGAGUGUUUAAGCAGCCUAUUGUUUCCGACUGUUUUUCCUUUUUUUUUUUUUUUUGGUAGCUGUUGUUUGUUUGUUUGUUUUUUUUUUACGUAUACCUGACACAUUUUUUUAAAAAUUUAUCUAUUUUAGAGGGAAUGGGAGAAGCCCGCUCACCGUCAAAUCUGAGCUUACUAAGUCGGUCUUCAGUUGGCGUCACCGAAGAUGAGAACAAGAACAGACAGAGUCCAAGAAAUAGCAAGCCUCUCCUAACUCCAAUCAUCUCCUAACCUACCCUUCAGAGGAGAGGCUGAAGAAUCGCCUCAGGCCUCGAGCUAGAGGCGUGAAAAGUCCUGCAGUCGGCGUAUGCCUGAAUAUUGAACCAUUAAUGGAUAACCUUAUUUUUAUAUCUCUUGUUUUGGUUUACCGAAUCUGUAACCUAUCAUACAAAUUUCAGGUUGUGCAAUUUUUGCACAUGUCGCUGUCUGUUUUCAGCGGAAUUGCACUCUUAUAGAGGCCUGUGAACAAGGUGCAAUUUUCGGACUGUAGAGUCCCUGCGAUUUUGCCGCCAUAUUUUGGCGAGACCACAUGGUACUUAUCCUCAUUUUUCAUGGUGAACACCAAUGUAGCAGAUUAAAUUAAUUGAAAGGAGAAAAGUUGGGAGUGGGC